AACCGACGUUCGGAAAGAAGGGCGCACCGGUGCAUCAUGGGAGUUGUAGUCCGCCGGGUUCUAUCUAGCCGGAGAAGGCGAGGCUUCAUCAAAAUACAACUCCCAUCUCGACCCUCGCAAGGCGAGCGCUGCCGUCCAAUCUGAAUAAGUGGGAGGAGCCGCGUCCGCCCACAAAAGCCACAGCUAUCUUUCCAUAUCGCUCCCCUGCAAAAACAAAAACGAAAUGAUAUAUAUUUAAAUUGCCCCCGAAAAAGAAACAAUACAAGCAGUGUCGACGGUUUGUUUUCGGCACACGACGGACGGCGACGAGGCGUCCCCGCGUCGUGCGGCGGCAGGAGGGUGUUGUCCUGACGCUUAAAUGGAAGUGGGAGGGCCUCCGCGGUCACACACUGCCAGCCUCGCUCUGGAUAUCCUUCUGACAAGCGCCAAUUCGCUGGUUUAUGGACUGUCUACGCACUGAAAGCGACAGACGACGGGUCUGCGAGGGGGCCGACGGGCCGAGGACGGACGCGGUCUUCUCCGUUAUUCGGCGCCGCUGCUCGCUUGCGCCCGCGCUUGGCGCCGCCCUUCCUGGCCGGUGGGUGGUUUCGUCAGUCGGGCUGAUCCACCACGGCCCAGCGCCGAACAUAUAGGCCGUCCUCCGCCUCUGUACCCGGCCGGCCUUCUACCGUGAACUACACCCUCUCCCUCGGUAUAUUAAUGCGUUAUGAGUGACUCGAAGAAGGAAUCAUCUGGAACUGAAGGAGGGAAAGCAUCUAAAAAGGGGAAAAGUUCUGGAUCGCAGGAUUCCUCUCAGCCCUCUCCGUUGGCUCUCCUAGCAGCCACCUGCAGUAAGAUCGGUGGGCAGGGGGGAACGGAAGGGGCCCAGGCCCAGGCAGGGGCCCAUCAGAUUCAAGUCCAGGCUGGUCAGAUCCAGCUGCAGGCAGGUCAGCUCCAGGGUCAGAUAGUGGUGGACACAGCUGGGGGUCAGGCCCUGGUGCCCCAGCAGCUGGAACUGGUCCCAGCACAGUUCACAGGGAACGGCUGGCAGAUCAUUACAGCAGCGCCUACUAUGGCCAAGGAGAACAGCAAUCAGCCUGUGUCUGUGACGGUGGCCACCACCUUGGCUAAUGACAGCUCACCUAGUGGACGCAAGGUGAAGGCAACAGGUGGGACCAACAGCGUGGCAGGUGCCCAGCAGCAGCAGUUCCAGAUCAUCCAGGUACAGAACCUGCCUGGUGCCGGGGGUGGGGUCCAGUAUCAGGUCAUCCCUCACCUGCAGACAGCAGAUGGGCAGCAGAUUCAUAUCAGCCCAGCGCAGACGGCUUCCAUUGGGGCUCUACCAGAGCAGGUCCAGCUCAUCCAGACUCAGAGCCCAGGACAGCCUCAGACUAUCCUCCAGCCCACCAGUCAGCAGACCAUCCUGACCAGCUCAGCUAAUCAGACCAUCCCGCUGCAGAUCCGACCGGCUCAGUCUUUCCCCCUGCAGCUGCAAACUCUUCAAGGCUCCCAGGCUCCUGUUAUGACCACAGUACCAAUAAACCUCGGUGGAAUGACGCUGGCUUUGCCUGUGAUCAAUAACGUUGGAGGGGGUGGAGCUGUGCAGCUUAUCCAAUCAGCAGAUGGCACAUUCUCUGUUGCUAAUGGCAACCAGUUGAUGACAACAGCAGUGUCUGGAGCAGCCCCUGCUACAGUAUCAACUGGGGUAACAACGACAAUUGCUGAAGGUGACAGCAUGUCGGAGGGGACCCAGGUGGUUUCUGCUGGAUCAGAGGGCGGGGCAGCCGACACGCAAACACAGAGCAGUGAGGCAGACUCUCCGAGCCAGAACCAGGCCAACGGGCUACAGAACCAGACUGAUUCAACAGGAACAAUUCAGCAGGUCAUCGUUGGCCAAGUGGGACACCAGUUGGUCCAGCAGAUCCAGCUGCAGUCCCAGGCUCAAAGUCAGAACCAACCUCAAGCCCAGGGCCAGCAGCAACCCCAGCACAUUCAGACACUUCAGCUAGCUCCUGGUCAAGCCCUGCAGCCCAUCCAGGCUUUCCAGAAUCCUGCCCAGGUGCUUAUCCGUACCCCCACCUUGUCACCCUCUGGGCAGAUCACCUGGCAAACACUGCAGCUGCCCGGAGGAGUCUCCCUACAGGGCGGACUCGGAACAGCUGUGCCACAGCAGUUGACAUUGGCCCCGGUGGCUGGUGGAACGACCGUCGGGAGCGGAGGGCUGGUUUCCAUCGGUGGAGCUCCCCUGACAUUAAGUGCAGCGCAGAUCAAUCCAGGAUCUGGAGUACAGACAGUCAGCAUCGCUGGGCUGGGAACGGCAGGGGUUCAGGUGCAGGGCGUACCCCUCACUAUCACAGGUCUACAGGACACUUUGUCUGUAAUUCUCAAUCAACCUGCAGGUCAACAACAGGGUCAGGAUGGGGUCAAACUUAAAUCAUCCCCUCUGACAGUUACCGUGGGCAACGUGGCGUCAGGGUCGUCAAUGAGUCCAGACCAGUUAGGCUCGGUUCAGAGCUCUUCGGACCAGGAAGGACUUCCCAGCAAGAGGCUUCGUCGUGUCGCCUGCUCGUGUCCAAACUGCAGGGAUGGAGAGGGAAGGAACAGUGGGGACCCAUCAAAGAAGAAGCAGCACAUCUGCCACAUGGAGGGCUGUGGGAAGGUGUAUGGCAAGACGUCCCACCUGAGGGCCCACCUGCGCUGGCACACAGGAGAGAGACCUUUCGUCUGCAACUGGAUCUUCUGCGGUAAAAGAUUCACCAGGAGUGAUGAGCUGCAGAGACACCGGAGAACCCACACAGGAGAGAAGCGCUUUGAAUGUCCCGAAUGCUCCAAGCGCUUCAUGCGCAGCGACCACCUCUCCAAGCACAUAAAGACCCAUCAGAAUAAGAAAGGUGGCCCAGCCUUGGCAAUCAUCACCACUGACGAGAUGGAGGAAGACGCUCCCAAAGGCCUCGGAGACUCCCCUCAGAUAGUUGCCGUGGCAACGCUAUCACGUGACUCUGAGCCGGCUACACCCACCACGUCUAAUCACCUGGAGGAAGAGGGGGAGGAAGAGGAGGAUUUUGAAUAGGGGACUGAUUCCGGUUUCUUUUGGAAAGUGGACUUCUAGGGUUUUUUUGGAGGUCUUUGCAGUGACUGCAAGGGGUGUGGCUACAGUUUAUUUCUGUUUAAAUUCACCCCUUCAUUAUUUUAAAAAUGACAGAGUGGAAAAAUAUGAACAUUAUAGGAAAAAAAUUAACAUUUAACAACAAAAAACUAGCCUAAAUUUAUUAAACAUUAGUUGUGCAUUUAUAAAAUUAAUGUAUAAUAAUUCCAAAUACAGUGGGGAAAGGAAUGUAAGUAAUGUUGAGAUUAGCACAAGACAGGAGGAUCUGCUGAAUCUAAAACCGUCCAUCCUGAUCUAUCUCUAUGCACAAAGCUGUGACAGUGUUCCUGUUUCAUACAGUGCUGAGCAUCAAUCACCGUACAGGACUGUUGCAGAGCACUGAGACACAGGGCAGCCCGCGGAGGGGUGACACACGUGCACAUACGGCGUGCAGAACCUGUGAAUGAGCGUGCAUUUAUGUUCCCACACUGUCACAGUGAGGAUCUGCCUAAUUUGAGUUCUGUUCAGAUCAGAUUCAGGUUUCCUUUGUGAGCAGUCAACAGAUAAUCUGCCGUUGAAGAAAUGAGGGGAUACGCACUUCUCAAUUAAAAGAGAAAAAAGCACAUAUAAAAAGAUUUAUAAACAAUGCAUUCCUAUUCAGGCGCAGUGGCCAUUAAAAGAUGGAUUUCUAUUGAUUUAGGAAAAAAAAAUCUAGCUUUCGACAACUUUGUGUAGUGAAAGCAAUACUUUUAAUGACAAUCCUAGUUAAAAAAAAACAAA